UUCCAUUAAAAAAAUCUUUUACAAGGACAUGUCAUUUUUCAAAACCUACCCGAGGAGAAACAGGAAAAAAAGAAAAGAAAAUACCCACAUCACAUUCUUGCACAUGUACAAAAAUUUACGAGUACAUAGUUCUAUCUGCCUCCGGAAACACCUAAGAACAUAAUUAUGCAAACAAAAGUUUUUAUUAGAGAUCAAAAAUAACUACAUCUAAUAAAGCUCUCCCAUAAAUUCCUUUUUUCUUUUUUGAAGGGAAUAUGAUACAAAAAUCAAAAGUCUAAAAACCCAAAUAAAAUAAAAUAAAAUAAAAAUUUGAGAAUAAAGAAAUAAACUUUCUUAUUAAGACAACAAGAGAGAAGAAGAAGAAGUAGGAGAGAGAAAGAGAAAAACUUUAGAAAGAAAGAAGAAAAUGGGGAGAGGAAGAGUAGAGUUGAAGAGGAUAGAAAACAAGAUCAACAGACAAGUUACCUUCGCAAAGAGAAGAAAUGGGCUUUUGAAGAAAGCUUAUGAACUUUCUGUACUUUGUGAUGCUGAAGUUGCUCUCAUCAUCUUCUCCAAUAGAGGAAAACUCUUUGAGUUUUGCAGUAGCCCUAGCAUGCUCAAGACUCUAGAGAGGUAUCAAAAGAGCAACUAUGGAGCACCGGACAACACUGUAUCUACAAGAGAGGCCCUGGAACUAAGUAGUCAGCAGGAGUAUCUAAAGCUUAAAGCGCGCCAUGAGGCCCUUCAGCGAACACAUAGGAAUCUUAUGGGAGAGGAUCUUGGUCCUUUAAGCAGCAAGGAGCUUGAAUCUCUUGAGAGGCAGCUUGAUAUGUCAUUGAAGCAGAUCAGAUCGACUAGGACCCAGUACAUGGUUGAUCAACUUACUGAUCUUCAAAGGAAGGAACAUAUGCUUAAUGAAGCAAACAGGACCCUUAAACAAAGGUUGAUUGAAGCAAAUCAAGCAAGUUCUCUGCAAUGGAAUGUGCAUGAUAUUGGUUAUGAUAGACAACCUGCUCAACCUCAUGAUGAUAGCUUCUUUCACCCUUUAGAUUGUGAACCCACACUGCAAAUGGGGUACGCAUUCUACCAGAAUGAUGCAGUAAAUGCAGCAGCGGGAGGCAGUGUCAAUAAUUUCAUGCCAAAUUGGCUACCAUGACCAAUAACAAUAUGAAUAUAACCUAUGCCUUUGCCUCUUGAAAGGCCUCAUAAAAAAUGGUUGUGAAUUUCUAGCUUUAAUCCACACCACCAAAUGUAUCCUAUCCCUCCAUAUAUAUACUAUAUGAUUAGUCAUUCUGUGUGUAAGAGCUAUUAAGAACUAUAAAAACCAGAUUAUUUGCUGUUAUAUAUAUAUGUAUUUGCAUUUUUA